AAUUCUAGUACAUAUAUUAUUUUUAAUUUGGUGUUCAUGUUUUCGGUAAAGUACUUCCAACGUCCUUUAUGCCCAUUUGCACCAACGUUUAAGUCAGGUACUUAAAAUUUAAGCUUUUCUUAAAACUAAGAAUGCGUUGCACCAACGGUUAACUCUCUCUUAAAGCCUUCUAAGAAAUCCUUAAUUUAAGUGCCCGUUUACCUGUGGCUUAAAUUUGUAAGCAGUGCUUAACGAGACACAACGAUACAACGCAUGUGCGGUAGCCAUAGUAACGGAACAAUACUUCGUUUCUAUUGGAUGAUGGUUUUGGAAAUCGAAAAUUUGCAAUUUUGCAAUCAUUUCAGCCAUUUGCCAUUUCAACCUUUCAACAGUAGCAGCGUUCGUGAGUGUUUUGUAAUCAGCGGUGAAAAGUGUGGAAUAAAGUUCUAACAAGACAAAAAAUAAUAUAAAGAAGGUAUGUACCACAAUUACAACGUUUUGUUGUAAAGAAUUAUGUACAUAUGUUUUAUUUUCAGAUGAAUAAUACAAAGCGCCAGCGUGGAGCAAAUUUUACGGCAGAUGAAAAGACCUUUGUCUUAACAUUAAUCAGUGAACAGCGUCAUAUUAUAGAAAAUAAAAAAACGGACGCUGUUACAAAUAAGGAGAAGCAGCGGUGCUGGGAAGAACUAACGAAUAAAUUUAAUUCAUGUAGUCCUAGCGGUGCCAUGAGGAGUGUAACCUCAUUACAAAAAUUUUACACAAAUAAAAAAAAAGAAGUGCGAAAAGAAGUGGCCGAUAAAAAAGUGUUUAUGCGAAAAACAGGAGGUGGUCCUUCAUCUUCAAAAUGUGAGGAUCCAUACCUGCAGCUAACGUUAGCCACCAUGGAUGAGAAUUCAGUGUAUGGACUGGAAACUCAAUACGGCGGGGAUAGUGAAUUAUUUCAAACUAUAGGUGAAGAAGAUAACGAAGACCAUGAAAACGAUAAUGUGGUGCCCAUUGCCACCUCUUCUCCACACAUACCUGAAGCAAUGGAUGAGGUUCACAAAACAAAAAAACGAGUGUUUUCUGAUACAUAUGACCAAGGGGAAGAAAAUGCAAAUUUUAAAGCUGACUGGGGUGAUUAUAAAGUUGAACACCUGAAAAAAAAGAAAUCAAAGGAGUUACAAACAGUCAUUAAUAGGAGGAGGCCAACAAUAACAGCACUACAUUCCAGCCAUUUGUCGAAAACUUACGACGAACUAGCUACAAAGAAAAUGGAGUUAGUUGAGGCACAACUCGAAGGACAAAAACAUGACGAAGAAAGAAAGCAAGUUGAAUUUUUGCUUCGAAAGCAAAUUUUAGAACUAGAUAUUGAAAUAAAAAAGGAGCAGCUGAGAAAACUGAAACAGGAUAAUACGGAAAAACAAUAAAAUAUAAAAUAAAAUAUUAAUAAAACAUUUAUUUGUUAAAUUUAUAAAUUUCCAAAAAAAUUUGUUAUAAAAUUUCUUCUAAUUUCACUGCCCCUCCUUUGGUUGUCAAUAACAUUGACCUCUGGUAUUUGACCAUCUUCAAUAAGUCGCUGCAGUUCAUGCUGGUUAAUGUCAGCUGGGAGAGGAGGUUCAUCUUCACCCAUUUGUCGAGCUAUAUUAUGCAGGACUGCACACGCAAUUAUAAUACUCAAAACAGUUUCUUUUUUUAAUCGACAUCCAUAUGCUAGCACAGGAAAUCUUCGUUUGCAGACACCAAAAGUUCUUUCGAUGACAUUUCUUGUACGAAUAUGAGCUUCAUUAUACAACUGCUCUUCUUGAGUGUGUGGAUUUAAUAAUGGUGUAAAAAAAUAGUGUCUUACACCAUAGCCACCAUCACCUGAAAACAAAUGCAAUGUAUUUUUACACAUAUUAAAAACUGAAACUUACCCAAUAUUAUACAAUUUGGAUAAUCUCCAUUCUCAAAAUUUGCUCGUAAAAUCGAGUUAUUGAAAAUGGUCAUAUCAUGAGUAGAACCAGGCCACCGAGCAACUACGUUUGUAAACUCCAUAUUCGCAUUACACAUGGCUUGAACGUUAAUUGAAAAAUAAUCUUUCCGAUUGCGAAAAACUUCAGCAUUUUCUCCACCUUAAAAACGUUCCAAUGAAAAGAAUGUGUUUUUGGUUUUUUAAAUCUUUACCUGGUGAUUCAAUUUUGAUAUGAGUGCAAUCAAUGGCCCCAAUCACUCUUGGGAAUCUCGCGAUGUCAAAAAAACCAUUUUGAAUAAGCCUUUGCUCCAUGAGAGUUUGGGGCAUCUUAAUAAAAUGGUGGUAAAGCCUUGCUAUAGCGUCCGAUACACGUCUAAUUAUUCUCGACACAGUUGAGAUGUGCAUUCCCAUAUAGUCCGCUACUGUACUCAAAUGGCCCCCGCUUGCAAAGAAUCGUAAUGUAGUAAGCAGCUGAUUUAUAGGUGACACCGCCUGAUUUCUGUAAUGAUCAAAUCAUAAUAUAUUUACACAUUAAAUUUUUUAACCACUUUUACCUGUCUGUAGGAAAUUCCAAACGUUCUUCAAUUAACGUUAAUAAAUGUAAAACUGUUGGUUUUGUUAGUCGAAAUCUUUGGAAAAAUUGAAGCUCUGGUAAACCAUAGAAAUGAUCAGCUCUAGUGUACAUCUGCCGUGGAAUUCCCAUCUCAACAAUUUCAAUGACUUCUAAGUCAUCCUCGUACGCGUCGAACACAUCCAUUUUUUAAACACACAUUCAACACCACAUAAAA